AAAAACCAAUGCUGGGGAUGAACCCUAAAGAAUGUACGAGCAGGUUGGUGGCUUCCUGGGCCCGAGCUUCAAUGCGCAAGUAAAUGUUGAAAGAAUGUACGAGACGGCGAUGGUUGAUAUUUUUGUUCAGAAUUCGUCGACGAGUAUGCAUUCUGCAUGCGGGGUUUUGGGGAGUGCACGUAAGUUGUUUGAUGAAAUGAUUAAUGGGGAUGUUGUUUCUUGUUGGGUAAUCCUGAUGAGGCAUUGAAUCUGUUUGGGAAGAUGAACAAGAGAAACAUUAUUACUUAGAAUUCCGCAAUUAGUCUCAGUAUUCAUUCAUUUCUUACCAAACUUAAUUAUUUUUGUAGAAAGCUCAUGUAAAAUUAUUUUUGGAUAAGAGCAUAUCCCACAGAAAUUUGGUCAGCCAUGUGAUUUCUUUCCAAUCUUCUGCACACACCAUGCACCACAAAGCUUGUGGCCAACUUUAGAUUAAAGCCAGUUUGUUUUUUGCAGACUUUAUAAGAUAAGGCAACUAUAUGUCCUAAUCCUUUAGUGGAACACGUGUUUGUUGUUCAACCCCUUCAAACACACUCUUCCUCCUGCUAUACAUUAAUUCUUCAUCAUCCCCGUGAGUGUUAUGGAUUUUCUUUCCACUUCCUUUUCUCCAAUAGCAAUAGGCUUAGCAGUAGUAAAUUUUAACAGGUUGCUUGGCUUGUUCAGAAGUGAUGUUUAUACCACAGAUCCUGCAAAUGUUGAAUAGAUCCUCAAAACAAACUUUGCAAACUCUUGCAAGGUACAUUACCAGGCUAAAGGAAGAAUUCAGUGUGACUAGGAAAUUUCAGUAUACUUUUUUCUGCCACAUAUUUGAAGACAGAACAGUUUAAUGGGUUUAUAAAUGCUCAUUGAACUAUCAAUACUAGCGGGGUUAUACCACCACAGCAUUUUGUCAGAUGUUAUAGGUGAUGGGAUCUUGACUGUGGACGGGGAAAGAUGGCAGCAUCAAAGGAAGGUAGCGAGCUAUGAAUUAUCAACCAAAGUAAUGAGAGACUUCAGCAGUGCAGUCUUCAAAACCAAUGCAGUCAAACUUGCUCACAUAAUUUCUGAAGCUGCAACCUGCGACCAAGCAAUAGAGAUUCAACAUCCUUAGAUUCAGUCAUCAAGAUUUUCCUCGGUAUUGAACUCGAAACCAUGCGUGGGACAAAUGAAGAAGGUACCCGGUUUUCCAAUGCUUUUGAUGAAGCAAAUGCAAAUACCCUGUAUCGUUAUGUUGAUUUCUCCUGGGAGAUCAUACUGUUCUUAAACAUUGGAUCAGAAGGAGUGUUAAAGAAUAAUAUCGAAGUGAUGGAUCAAUUUGGUUAUAAAUUAAUCAAAAGCAAGAUUAAAACAGUCCAUAAUUUGGAAGAUGAGCUACCUUUAAAGAAAGGAGACUUAUUUCAAGGCUUUUGGAAUUGAGAGAGACUGAUCCAAAGUACUGGAGAGAUAUGAUCCUCAGUCUCAUUGUUGCGGGCAAAGACACAACGGCUAGCACUCUUUCAUGGUUUCUUUAUAUGCUCUGCAAGCAUCUCAUAUAUAAGAGAAGAUUGCACAAGAAGUUAAAGAAGCAACAAAUCUGAAAGAUAAUUCGAGCGUUGAUGAGCUUGUAGCCAGCCUUAGUGAAGAAGUGCUUGAAAAAAUGCAAUAUCUCCAUGCAACUUUGACUGAGACACUCGGGCUCAAUCCUGCAGUUCCCCUGGAUGCAAAGGUUUGUUUAUCUGAUGAUACUUGGCCAGAUGGAUUUAGUGUCAAAAAAGGGAAUAUGGUUGGGUACCAUAUUUAUGGCAUGGGGUGGAUGAAAUUUCUAUGGGGUGAUGAGGCAGAAGGCUAGAGAGAUGGCUCAACAAAAAUGGCCAUUUCCAACAAGAAAGCCCUUUCAAAUUCACAGCCUUCCAGUAAAUGAGAUGACCUUGUAUCGUUGCGUUGAUUUCUCCUGGAAGAUUAUAAAGUUGUUAAACAUUGGAUCAGAAGCCAUGCUAAGGAAAAGUUUAAAAGUGGUAGAUGAGUUUGUUUAUAACUUAAUCAAAAGCAAGACUGAAACAGUGGCAAAUUCAGGAGAUGAUCUACAUUUAAAGAGAAGAGACAUUCUUUCGAGGCUUUUGGCAUCAGGACAGACUGAUCCAAAGUACUUCAGAGACAUUAUAUUCAGUCUGUUUGUUGCCGGAAAAGACACAGCGGCUAGCACUCUUACAUGGUUUAUUUAUAUGGUCUGCAAGCAUCCUGAUAUCCAAGAAAAGAUUGCACAGGAAGUUAGAGAGGCAACAAAUCUGAAAGAUAAUUCAAGCAUUGAUGAGCUUGCAGACAACCUUACUGAAGAAACCCUUAGCAAAAUGCAAUAUCUGGUUGCAGCUUUGACUGAGACAAGCAGGCUCUACCCUGCAGUUCCACUGAAUGCGAAGGUUUGUUCAUCUGAUGAUACUUGGCCAGAUGGAUUUAGUGUCAAAAAAGGGGAUAUUGUGGGAUACCACGCUUAUAGCAUGGGCAGGAUGAAAUAUAUAUGGGGUGAUGUGAUGAUAUCAUCACUGACACAUAUUGCACAAAUUUUGUUUUUUGUUUUUUGUUUUGUUUUGUUUUGGUUUGGUGGAGCGAACAUAACACCGAAAUCAUUGUAAUUCUGAAGAAAUUUGAUUUAUGGUUUACACAGGCGGGUCCAAGGAUUUGUGUGGGGAAGGACUUUGCUUAUAGAGAGAUGAUGAUCUUUUGUGCUGUGCUUCUAGGCAGCUACACAUUCAAGCUGAGGGAUGAGAACAA